CCAGAGAGACUCGUAAAGACCAAAACCUGCCAUUUGUUACCUGCUACUUGUCUGGAUAUGAGGGAACUAGUCUUUAAGUCCUGCACCGUCUCUGUAUGGAAGAAGGAGACUGAGAUCACCACCAGAAGGAAGGAGUGUGAAGCAGAGGUGAAGAAAAAGAAUCAAACAUGUCAGACUUUGGAGAAUGAACGUCAAGAUUUCCUCCAGGAGAACAAGCGCUUGAACCUCCAGUUGUUCAACAGUAACCACAUUGCAUCUGAGUAUGAGAAGGUCAAGUCUGAGUAUGCCCAGCUCAAAGAGACCCUUGGUGCUGUGACGCAGGAGAGAGAUUUAGCCCUGUGGGAGAGGAAUCAGCUCCAAGGCAAACUGGAGAACCUAGAGCAGGUGCUCAAGCAUAUGCGUGAGGCUGCAGAGCGGAGGCAGCAGCUAGAGUUGGAGCAUGAGCAGGCCUUGGCUGUACUCAAUGCAAAGCAGCAGGAGAUUGACCUUCUUCAGAAGGCUCAGGUUGAGGCUAAAAAGGAACAUGAAGGUGCUGUCCAUCUGUUAGAGAACCACUUGGACAGCAUGCAGGCCAAAGUCCGUGAGCUGGAGGAAAAAUGUCGGAAUCAGAGUGAGCAGUUCAACCUCUUGUCAAAGGAGCUGGAGAAGUUCCGACUCCAGGCUGGGAAGUUUGACAUCCUCAGCACUGAACCAUUAACUGUAUGUGAAUCUCCUGGGUCACCCAACAAAUCCAUGUCCCAACUCCUUAAUGGACUGGCUGCCCCCAUAGGAAAAGGAAAUGAAGCUCCAACAAGCAGAUCUUUGAUUUCGGAGUUCAUUCGACCACUCCAAAUCAGCGGAGACAAGCCAGAGCUCCUCUCUGUCAAGCCAACAUUGUUCACUCGCAGUCGAGCCAGCAGCCCAGCACGGCCUUUCCUCUCUGAGAUGGACAAAGAGCUAAGUUCAACUACCAGGUCGAAACUGAGGUUCACGGGGAAGGUUCGUCUUUGUGUUGCUCGGUACAGUUACAACCCUUAUGAUGGGCCCAAUGAGCAUCCUGAGGCUGAGCUCCCCCUGGUGGCAGGGAAGUACCUCUAUGUUUACGGGACGAUGGAUGAGGACGGCUUUUACGAAGGAGAGCUGCUGGAUGGACAGCGGGGGCUGGUCCCUUCCAAUUUUGUGGAUUUUGUCCAAGAUGAAGAGGCACCCUCUGUCCAACACAGGGACACAGUGGCUAAAGAAUCUGGCUACCUCAACCACAGUAGUUUGGGACCUCAGCGAGUGGGGCUCAGCACAGCAGUGGGAACAGGCAUCAGCAGCCUGCUGUCUGACAGUAAACUAGACUGUCUAACCACCAGCAGCUUGGGUAUGGACCUCCUGGGAUCCUCCAGCAAUGGGGCAGGGACCUUGGAUGUCAGCAUUGACGAGGUCGGUGAAGACAUUGUGCCUUAUCCCCGCCGCAUCAACCUGAUUAAACAACUGGCCAAGAGUGUGAUUAUUGCCUGGGAUCCUCCUGUGGUCCCACCAGGCUGGGGCUCCAUCAGUGGCUACAAUGUCUCGGUGGAUAAGGAGGUGCGCAUGAGUGUCCCCUACGGGGGCAGGACAAAGACUCUCAUUGAAAAGCUCAAUCUGGCCACCAACACCUACCGUAUCUCAGUGCAGAGCAUUACAGAUCGGGGCCCAUCGGACGAGCUCCGGUGCACUCUGCUUGUGGGAAAGGAUGUGGUAGUGGCACCUUACUAUCUGCGGGUGGACAGUAUUACACAGGUCUCUGCUGAGCUCUCUUGGAUGCCCAGCAACAGCAACUACGGUCACACCAUCUUCCUCAGUGGUGCAGAGUACGACAUGGUCAGGGCGGGGGGCUAUAAAUACAAGUUCUUCAACCUGAAACCCAUGACAGUUUACAAGGUGAAAGUUGUGGCGCAGCCACAUCAGGUGCCUUGGCAGCUUCCAGUGGAUCAAAGGGAGAAGAGGGAGAUCUCUGUGGAGUUUUGCACUCAGCCUGCAGGGCCCCCUCUCCCUCCCCAGGAAGUACAGGUCCAGUGUGGUCAGACGCCUGGGGUCCUGCAGGUCAGAUGGAAGCCGCCGCCUCUGACGCCCUCAGGAACCUCCAAUGGGGCCUGUGUGAUUGGCUAUGCUGUGUGCACAAAGGGACAAAAGAUAGCAGAGGUCUUGUACCCCACAGCAGACUAUGUGACUGUAGACUUAAACAGGAUUCAGUGUCUGGAGGCCAGGGAAGUCAUUGUAAGGACGUUGUCAACACAAGGAGAGUCCCAAGACUCGCCCGUGGCCAUCAUCCCUCACAACCUCUUGGGCUCUCCACACCUCUCCCACCGAACUACUGCACUUCCUCAUGCUAUGCCUCUCCCACAGUCCCAUCCACUACACUCACAAACCCAUCCUCCUUACCCAUCAACAUACCCCCCGAAUCACCCUCAGCCCCAGGUGCAGCCUCUGCCUCGAGCCCAGUCCCACACACUGCCCCACGCACAGCCUCACUCGCAGCCCCUCCGCCACCCCUCUCCUCAUCACCAGCCUCAGUUCCAGCGCCACCCUGUACCCAAGUCCAAACUGUUAGUAAGUGCCAGAGAGCCUGAAACCAAAGAGCAUGAGGUGGGCCUGCGGCCAGCCCAGCCAUGGGAGCGCUCCCCCUCUCCGCUGCCUCUUAUGCAUGGAUCCAACCUGGAGCCACCACACUUCCAGCCACAGCGAUCGCCCUCUCCUCAGAGGAUCCUGCCGCAGCCUCAGGGAGUCCCCAUCCCCAACACCAUCGCGAAGGCCAUGGCCAGGGAAGCUGCUCAGAGAGUGUUUGCUGAGGGCAGUCGGGUUGAGAAAAGGAAUAUCUUUAGUGAACGAGGUGAUGUGUUGCAUCCGCUCAAUUCUGAUGAGGAGGAGGAUGGCUAUGACUCGCCUAAUGCCAGGAGGAGAGGCGCCUCAGUGGAUGAGUUCCUCAGAGGCUCAGAGUUGGGAAGACAGGACCAUCAUCACCACUACAGCCACAGUGAGGAAUACCACACAGAAAGCAGCCGAGGCUCGGACCUGUCAGACAUAAUGGAGGAGGACGAGGAAGAUCUUUACUCUGAAAUGCAACUAGAGGAGGGCCGCAGGCGUAGUAUCAGCUCUCACAACACUCUUAAGGCGUAUUACAAGCGUCAGGACUUAGCCGAGGAAAGAGACUGCUGGGACCUCCAGAGGGAGGUGGUGAAGCAGAGGUCGCUCCGCAGCAAACGUCUCCACAGCAUCCCUGAGGUGGCUGAGGAGGAGUCAGACAGCGUGGACAGCAUGGGCCAGCGCCUGUCCUUUGAAGAAGGUGGAAGGCCUGGAACCCCAGGCACACAGCGGAAGAUGUAUCCUCAGGACUCCCACAUGCACAACCAUCUCACCCCCAGCAAGACCUCCCGCCACCUGCAGCGCCAGCGCUCCUCUCCUCGUUUCACUGACAGCCGCUACUGCUACAAUGCAGAUGACCGCAUCCUGGGAUGGCCUAACCGCCAGAACACAAAAAGUCCUGAUAGUGGUUUAGACUGCGGCAGUGAGGAAGAAGGCUCUUUAGGCCGGGGUCAUCGAGGGUACUAUGCUCAUGGAAGCACCAUGCGGGGUCCUGUGCGCAUUAUCCACUGUGAAGGCCCAGUAGAAAGGCGGGCAUUGGCUAUGGGCCGUAAAAGAACUCUGACCCGCCAGUGCAGCGUGGAGGAGGAGUUUGCUGAUGUCCCAGUGACUCCAGCCAAGUCGGUACGCACAGGUGACUUUAGGAACAGGGAGCACUUUGGGCCUGGUCGAGAGGCGGGUCUACGAAGCUACUCCAGGGAAGUGGCCCUGAGCGAGGGCAGGCUGAACGAGCUGGACAGGGUCUAUUACAGCCCCCACAGGGAGGCUAGGGCCCAGUCUUUGUCCAGGCUCAACCGGGACCGGCCGCUGAUCAUUGGGAACUCACCAUCACAUGGAAGUGCCGAUCGACUGGACCACUCAGAGAGGAGGCCAGUUCACAUCGGCACCCCCCCUCAGCGACGACCCAUCCCAUCCAUUGAGAUCACCAUGGACAGUAACAGUGAGGGCAGUGAAGGGAACCUCUCACCCAUCAAGGAGGAUGUUUAUGGCAGUGUAGCUCGGCGCAGGAUAUGGCGAUCUAUGUCCUCAGAGGAUCAAUAUGACGGCUAUGGUGGGCGCAGGCACCGGCAGGGACGAUGCUCUCCAGAUUACUAUGAGGAAUCAGAGCCAGAGGAGCUGACCCGUGUCUUUGUGGCUUUGUUUGACUAUGACCCCAUGUCCAUGUCUCCCAAUCCUGAUGCCGCUGAUGAGGAGCUACCAUUCAAGGAGGGCCAAAUUAUUAAGGUGUUUGGAAAUAAAGACACAGAUGGCUUCUACAGGGCGGAGAUCCGAGACCGAGUAGGCCUGAUCCCCUGUAACAUGGUCUCUGAGAUCCAAACAGAAGAUGAUGAAAUGAUGGAACAGCUCCUCAAACAGGGCUUUCUACCACUCAACACCCCUGUGGAGAAGUUAGUGAACUGCGACCGUUUCAAAGAUGGCCGCUCUAUAAAUCGCAGAUCCAGAAAGUCCAAGAGAGAGAGGAACAGGCGCAGUGGGCGGCAACACCCGAUGUCAACAAGGAGAAUGGUCGCCCUGUAUGACUACGACCCCAGAGAGAGCUCCCCUAAUGUUGAUGUAGAGUAUGACAACAGACUGAAUGAGGAGGCUGAACUGACUUUCUGUGCUGGGGAUGUCAUCACAGUUUUUGGAGAAAUAGAUGAAGAUGGCUUUUACUAUGGUGAGCUCAACGGACACAAGGGACUUGUUCCUUCCAACUUUCUAGAAGAAGUGCCUGAUGAUGUAGAGGUUUUUCUCACUGACUCACCAUCUCGAUACCCCCAGGACACUCCAGCACGGAUAAAGACCAAAAGGAAGAAGAGUGUUCAUUUCACACCUUAAAGGCUCUGUUUCCGUCACGUAAGUGAGCAACUGAGGAUACCAAAAUUACAGUCCCCUCGUCUAAUGCAGAUGACAUGGGUUCCCUUAGUUUCUGGUACGCACCAUGUAUACUUCAUAUAAUAUUCCUUUAACAGUUUUAUGCCCUGAGAUACAGCUUUUAGGAAUCUUUGUUUAACCCAAACCACACAGUAUUGUUCAUUGAUAAGAGAUAGAAACCCUAGGCAAUGCAUCAGACAAGAAGCAUGGUAUCUUCAGUUGUUUCUCUGAGUGUUGUACCUGACAAUGUUCGUCUCCUGCAAUAAGUCUCCUGCUGUAACUCAUGGUAUGCUAAAAGGCCACUGUUGCACAAUUACCCCCAAUUAUUAAAAAGAAUAGUGAUGAUAACAUUUUCACUUCUUUCAGCCCAGUGUUACACACUGCAACCUAUAACAGAAAUGCAGACAACAGGCCAAUUCUAAGUAAAAACCUAAAGCAUAAAAGUUUUUUUUUUUUUUUUUUUAGUUUUUGAUUUGGUUUUGCAGUUUUUAUGUAAAUCUCAAGCCAAAUUUAGGACCCCUUGUCUUGUGUGUAAAGAAUAAUGUGAAAUGGUAAAAAUAGUUCUGAAAUAUAAAUAAACACAUUUUUGUCAAAUCAGUCAGCAUUUUCAAGUCAGUGCUAAUUUUGUGAGCUAAGAUCUAUCGAUUAGACCACCAAACAAUAUUUAUUGGUUUAAAGUGAGACUAUGCAUCUUCUGAGCAGCAACCACUGGUUACAAAUGACAGUUGUGGCAUAAUAGUAAAUGUCUACACUACUUUUUAUCAUUCAGCUAAAAUGCAUCAUGAGGUCAGUGAAUUUGUACAGCAUUAUUAACCUAAGGUUCGCUAUCAGGCUCUGUAAACUGCUGGUCAAAAGCCAUGGCUCAACAGAGACAUCCACAUAAAGAUGAAGGAAAGGAAAAUGGCCUUUAAAUUUGGAGAAGCUAUGCACUACAGCAAUCCAUUAAGGCAGCAAAGGAGGACCACUUCCAAAAGCUGAAUCAGUGUGAGCUUGGCACGAACACAAGAAGAAUGUGGCUGGGCAUUCAAGCAGUCAGUAACUGCAAAGGUAAGAAGGUCACGCUCACUGCUGACAAUAUGGACCCCACACUCCCAGACAAGUUAAAUGCAUUCUAUGCCCACUUUGACCAGAAAAAUCAUGACUCCCCCCAGAAAGCACCAUGCAGCAGCAAUGAGCGUGUCCUUCAGGUGACAGGCUGAGGUUUUCGGGACUUUUCAGCAAGUGAACCCCCAUAAAUCAGCUGUUCCGGAUGGAGCAUCACCCAAGAAUCUCAGAGCUUGUGCUGCUCAUUUAGCUGGAGUCAACACAGACAUAUUCAACACCUCCCUCACACAGGCAGUUGUGCCACAUCACUUCAGCAUCAUUGUGCUGGUUCCAAAGGGAUCUACUGCCAGCAAUGUGAGCAACUUUUGCCAAGUAGCACUCACCUCUGUAGCCAUGAAGUGCCUGGAAAAGCUAGUGCUGGAAUCCAUCAGCAACAUAAUGCCAGACACUACGAUUUGCAUACCAACCCAACAGGUCAGUGAACGACGCAGUAGCCCUGAUCAUACACUUUGCUCUACAACACCUUGACUCAAACAAGAACACCAAUGCACACCUUCUGUUUCUAGACUACAGCUCAGACUUUAAUACGGUCCGUCCCACUAAGUUUGUGUCUAAACUAACGGAACUCGGGCUAUCCACUUGCAGCUGCAACAGCAUACUGGACCCUUUGACAGAGACUGCACAUGGUGAGGGUGGGAACCAGAACAUCUGCUGAAGCCAGUGAGCACAGGAACCCCUCAAGGCUUCUGUCUGGGUGCAAAACUGUUCUCGUUGUACAACCAUGACUGCACAUCCUCCAUAGACAGUAACUUCAUAUUCAAAUUUGCAGAUGACAAAACCAUUUCAGGACACAUCAGCAACAACAACAACAAGACACCAUACAGGCAGCUGGUGGAGAACAUCAUCAGUUAUGGGCAAGAGAAUGAUUUGGUCCUGAACACUGGAAAGACCAAGGAGCUCAUUCUGCAGCUCUACUUCAUUUGGACUGAAAAAAGCCACACUGAGCCACUGACCCCUCACACAGGCCUAAAGCGGACUAAUAGAGAGCAUCCUGACAAGAGGGAUCACUGUGGUUUGGCAACACUACACAAAGGACAGGGGAAGCUCUCUAAUGUGUGGUGAAGACCACAGAGAGGAUCACUGGUUCAUCUCUUGAAUCAUUAUACUGUAACCGCUGCUGAUCCAAAGUACGAGCCAUCCUCAGAGACCCACAUCAUCCCAGUCACAUUUUCUUCAAAGCUGACAUGAGAUACACCCAACCCUAUUACCCAUCGCUGUCACAAAGACUCGCACAUUCUGGACACAUACUUAACAUACCACGGACAAAACAUCUACCUCUGGACCUCAAAUAAUUUCAUGAGAAACAACUCUGUGGAACAUAAGAGGUUGUAUGUACAGUACAAGGGGUUUAUGUAAAUUGACUGCAUUGUUGUUACCUCUUUGUUGUUUCUUCGUUAUCUUUUCUGUUAUGAUUGACUGAAUGAAGCUGCUCAAGAUUUACAACGCAAAGGUAUCAGGGCAAAUGGUAAUAAAGUUCAUCUUAUCUGGUCAUAUCAGGACUGUGGUUUCCUUCUUAGGAAUUCAGCUUUCAGUUCGAAAGUGGAAGACUGUUCUGCUGUUCUUGCAGAGGUUACAUAGUCUCACUUUACAUACAACAAAAACAUUAAAUUCAGGAAAAUGAUUUUCAUAUUUUCUAGUGGGUACAUUUUAUUCACACAUACUGCAUAUCUGCAAUGAAUCUUUAACCAUCUAUUUUUCCAAAGUGCAAUUUAAAGAAGCCUUUUAGCUCAUGAUUACAAAAAAGGAAUAGUGACUAGUAGUUUCUCUGUAACACAGUUGUAUUUGUACAGUAAAUAUUUAUAUUUAUAUAAGGAGGAGGAAAGUGAAUGUGAUAUAAAUGUGUCCCACUUGUCCCCUAAUGCAUCUGUUUUUGUGAGAACAACUGCCCUGCUGGGAGAUGUUUCACCUUACAUUAGCCAAUGUCAUCCUCAAAAUCUGCUGUAGCUUAUUCAUAGCUUCAUAAAUACACAAACAAAAACACUUUCUACAUGACAGAGGUGGGAGAGAGGCAGGGAGGAGGGAGGGAGUGUGUAUCUAUACCUGAGUGCACAUCCAGGGAGGUAGACUUCAGUGCUAUGGUGACCCUGCUGAGACAGAAAAGAGAAGGAGGGGAGUAGUGACUGAGGUGUGAGACACAUCUGGCUUUUUAACACCCUCAACUGUCCCUUACGGGUUUCCCAUUAGGUUCCACUGGAAAAAUCAAGUGUGCCCAGAAGAGCAGCUUCUCCCACAGUGCAUCCACUCAUCCCUGGUUCUGGCCCUGCCAACAUGGGGUC